AAUACUGUAGUUGGAUACAGUUGAACCUAAGUACUAAAACAAAGCUCAGGUAAUGGCUUUCUUUGGAUUAACUUUUCUAGGUCCUCAGGAUCCCUUUCGUGAUAAAAAACUAUCAUUACCAAAAUAUGAAGUGCCAGUGGGAACAAUCCCUCCGAAAUUGGAACUUUUCUACCCAAAGCUCCCACCUAUAGGACAAUUUGGGUACAAUGACGACACUGAACACCAGGGUAGCCAUCAGAAAUAUCAAGAGGCUAUCAAACAGAAGAGGCUCAAGAAAUACCCCAAUCAAGAAUACAGGGUACCACUGACUUGUGGACAAGAUAUUGGUUGGUGGCAGCCCAAGAAUUCAUCAAUCAAGCCAGAAGAUACAUUACCUUGGAUAAAGGUGCCAAGGUACCCACUGAUGCGGAGUCCCAUGACCAAGUUUAUAGACUACAUGGCAGUCACUGAUCCUCUCUUCAGCCUGUUCUGAGUGAAGGUUCCUGAAGCCUAAGAAGAAGCAGGAGAGCCCCUUGACUGGAUAAUAAGUGGAAUUAACAAGUUUGUUCUCUCUCUGUCUCUCCUGUGAAAGGGAGAUGGAGACCUUUUUUUGGUGUUUCAAUAAACCAGAGCAGAACACAA